GCUUUGUUGAUACGAUUGAGCAUCGUUCACAGUGUGCUCCAAGAGAAGAUGCACCCACGCCGUUUGUAUUCCAUAACGGUCGGAAUAGGACAACAACAAAGAGCUGUCGUCCAAUGGCUGUCCUUCCUUUUUUUCACCCCUUACUUUUCCAAAUUGGUUUUUCACAGAUAAUGCAGAAUCGAGCGAGUAAACGAACGACGCAGCAUCAUAUUUUAAGCAUUAUCCAGCUUUGUCCCGGGCUGGGUGCGUGUGUUUCCUUCACCCAUGUUUGGGCCUCCCGACAGAUGUUUUCCUGUUCUGUCCAUGAUGUCCUGACACGCAAACUCCCAUGCGCCUGUGCAUUUGUCAGUAGGUAGGACUCAAGAAGAGAAAUGCGGGGGAAAAAAAAAUACAGCGCUUUGACGUACCCGACGAAUAUAUUCUCCACAG